AUGGCAUUCCCAAGACCCAAACCCACCACAAUGGAGACGUUGGCAAUGGAACGUGCCAAUCCGCCAUUCAAUAUACGUAAGAUGUCGAUAGCGAUGCACGGCUCAGAGAAAGCUUUGAUACUCAAAGAGAAAUUUAUGGCUGAGAUCGCAAGACAUCCCGCCUUCAAGCUGUCAGACAUUCACGAUUUAUCGAAGGACGAGUUGAGAGAACGGACGAUGGAGAAAUUCGCUUCGAUGGUUUAUUUCGUGACAAACGAAUCGCUGGAGACGUUUCAGUUGAGAAUGCAGCUGAUCGGAAUAGCGGAUCCAUCUUUCUGGACUCGGUUCGGUGUAGCUUAUGGACUAUUCUUGGGAGCGCUGAGAAGUGGUGCUACGCCUAAUCAAUUGAGCUACUGGAUUGACCGAGGUGUAUUAGGUCUCAACGGUGUAAUCGGAUGUUUCGCCAUGACUGAAUUAGCCCACGGAUCGAAUGUAGCUGGAUUGGAGACUACAGCAACGUUCGAUAGAGGUUCAGACGAGUUUGUCAUCCACACACCUCACUUAGGAGCUACGAAAUGGUGGAUUGGAGGUGCAGCCAGUACAGCUACUCAUGCGGCUGUUUUUGCCCAGAUGAUAGUUGAUGGGAAGAGACAUGGAGUAAAGACUUUUGUGACUCAAUUGCGGGAUACCAAGACGUUCACCUUGAUGCCUGGUGUGACUAUUGGAGAUAUCGGUAAGAAGAUGGGAAGAGACGGUAUCGAUAACGGUUAUAUCCAAUUCACCUAUGUCAGGGUACCUAGAGCACACAUGUUAAUGAAGCAUACUCAAGUAUCUAGAGAUGGUGUCGUCACUGAGCCACCUCUCGCGCAACUGACUUACGGUGCCUUGCUUGGUGGAAGAACAUCUAUGGUCACUGAUUCAUCGAACUCAGCUAAAAAGGCACUUACUGUAGCUGUGCGAUAUGCUGCAGUACGAAGACAAUUUGCGACAGGCAAGAACGAAUUGGAGACUCAGUUGCUGGAUUACCCGAUUCAUCAGCGACGGCUGAUGCCUUUAGUCGCUCAAGCUAUUGCUAUUGGAUUCACUGGUCUUAGAUUGCAAGUGAUGUACGAGGAUAUGACUCAAGCGCUGGACACGAUGGAACCGUCAGAUCCCAACCUGAAUGAUAUUCUCGAUAAAUUGAAAGAAACUCAUGCUACUUCGGCUGGUCUCAAGGCAUUCUGUACUUGGGCAUGCUUGGAUACCAUUGACAAGUGUCGUCAGUCUUGUGGUGGACAUGGAUAUUCGGCAUACUCCAACUUCCCAUUGAUGUAUGCGGAUUUUGCCGUGCAAUGUACUUGGGAAGGUGACAACACCAUUCUUUCGCUUCAGGCUGGUCGAUCGCUCGUCGGUGCAUGGGGAGCCGCUGUAAAAGGCAAGAAGCUCGCACCAGGAGUGGCCUACUUGAACGACUCAUCCUUACUCUCUGCUCAAUCCGACUCAUCGCUGUCUUUAGCCGAUAUCCAGAGAGCUUGGAAUUGCGUAGCAUUCAAUGUCAUCAAAAAGGCCGCUGAAGAGUAUGUACGAUUACUGAAAUCUGGUAAAUCCAAAGACGAAGCCAUGGAGAAAUGCUCUCAGUCAAGGUUCAUCGCUGCCAAAAUACAUACUAUCGGAUACAUAUUCAGAUUGUUCAAGGAAGCCGUGGAGGAGAUGAAGGAUGACGAAGAGAGCAGGACGUUGAAGACUGUAGCGAAGUUGUAUGGACUAUGGCAGAUUGAGGAACAGCAGGGAUACUUCUUGAAGUAUGGCUAUCUCGAUGCUCAACAAAUGGACAAAGUGCAAGAAUCGGUCGACGCGCUGUGUCAAGAAGUGAGAGGCAUCGCUAUUCCAUUGAUCGACUCCUUUGCGCUUUCGGAUCACAUCAUCAACUCACCCUUGGGUCGAUGGGAUGGAUCAGUGUAUGAGUCUUAUUUCGCUCAAGUCCAAGCUGCCAACCCUCUACCCAAAGAACAUCCAUAUUUCACUCGAUUGAUCAAGCCUUUGUUAGAGAGACAAAACGAGGAUAUGGAAGAUCCGGGAAGUGCGAUGGGGUUGGAUGAUGAAUUGAAAGAAAUUGAGGAGGAGAGGAAGGGGGAGUGA